UUUCGGCUCCUUUCUUGCUCUCUGAUUGCAUUCCCUAGUUUUUCUACUAGCACUGCGCCCUUAUCUGUGAUGUCUCGACGUGCCACGCCGUCCCAAGCGGCUCAGAACCAGCAGGUCAUCAAGAGCCUGCUGAAACUCGACCAGAACAAGACAUGUGCCGAUUGCAAGCGCAAUAAGCAUCCACGAUGGGCAUCAUGGAAUCUCGGUAUCUUCAUCUGCAUCCGUUGCUCGGGCAUUCAUAGGGGUAUGGGCACCCAUAUCAGUCGGGUGAAGUCGGUGGACCUCGACUCGUGGACGGAUGAACAGCUUCAGAGUGUCGUGAGAUGGGGCAAUGGACGGGCAAACAAGUACUGGGAAGCGAAACUCGCCGCCGGUCACGUCCCCUCGGAAGCGAAAAUCGAGAACUUCAUUCGGACUAAGUACGAAUCCAAGCGGUGGGUUAUGGACGGUCCGAUGCCCGAUCCCUCGACCUUGGACGAUGGCGAUGAUGAUGUACCCCUUGCGGUGGUACAGGAAAAGGCGAAGCUUGAGCGCUCUGCAUCUCAACGUGUGGCGUCUCAACGCGUGGCCCCGCCCCCAAGUCAACCGGUGCAUCGUCAACAACAAGCAUCUAUCGACCUCUUCGGUGACGAUAUCUCUCCUCCCGCGCGUCCCAGUACGACAGAGCCCAACACCCGGCUGCCUCCUAAACAACCACUGUCGGCUCCUCCUCCCAAGCCGGCAGCCCGUCCAGGCGAUUCGUUGCUGGGGCUCGAUUUCUUUGGCAGCACUCAGCCUGCCCCCAGCAGCCGGCCGGCCAGCGUCUCGUCGACCCCUGCUGGCUCAACUGGAAUAUCCCGGCCCGACUUGAAGCAGUCCAUCCUAUCGCUAUACUCGAAGGCCCCUCCAGCCACGUCGCACCAUGAGCGCACCACCUCUUUCGGGGAUUUGACCUCUCCGGCGCCUUAUUCCGCAUCCUCUUCAAACAUGGGCGGACUGACCGAUGCUUUCAGCGGAUUGACCAUGCCAACAACCACCUCACCUCCGCCUCCCAAGCCGGCCGAGAAGCCCUCGCCUUUUGCCAACCUCACAAGCUUUGCCAGUAUGAAGUCGACCCCGGCUGCACCCAAGGUUUCUUCGCCCACUGCGUCCGUCGGUAGUGGAGGAGGCAGUCUUUUUGAUAGCCUGGCUUCUCCUACUGUACCCCCGCCCAAGCCGCAAUCCCGCACCACGUCCAUGUCAUCCGGAGGCUUUGAUGGGGGAUUCAGCAGUUUUGCGUCUCCGCCGCCGCCCAAGGCCCAGUCACCCCUAUCCAACGACCUGUUCGGGUUUUCCUCACCGGCCCCGGCUGCUGCGAUCUCGCCCCCCCCGGCUUUCACGUCGCCCUCUCCGCAGCAGGAACUGAAGUCCGCAUUCAACCUCAAUCCUCCCGCACCGGCGCCUAAACCCGCAGCAAGCGUGCUUCCCCCCACCACCAUCGACCCCUGGGGAGGCAAUGCCUGGAGCACCCCUGACCCCACUCCUGCACCAGCCGCGCCCUCGUCUUCGAUGAAGGUGCCGGAUACCCUCACCGCGAAUGACAUUGGUGGCUGGGGUAUGUCCUCUCCUGCAACCAAAGCGGCUCCGACUGUGGCGGCCGACGAAGACUUCGGCGGAUGGGCCAGCGCGGCACCGAUUCCUCCGGCUCCUAGCACCUCGAGGACGGCCGCCAGUACGACGAACAACACGGGGGCUCCAUCCAAAUCGGCAGGCGGGUUUGGUGGAUCCGAUGAUCUGUUCUCCAACGUUUGGGAGUAAGGCCAGGCCGUCCAUGCUUCCACUCUUCCGUCUCUUUUGCACAUAUUUGGUGUUUAUCGUCUAUCUUUUAGACUUGAGCGGCAGGACACGAAUGUGAUUUAAUCUUCCAUCCAUUUUCCUUCUUUCACUUCUGCAAUCCUAGUCCUCAGACUGCCUUUUCUUGUUUCCCUUUUUUUUUUUUGGUAUCUUGCUUCCUAUCACUCCGGACUAGGG